UAUUUGUAUGUAGAAAAUCAUAUUAUUAGCUUUCAUCAGUUUGGGCUAUACAAGGUUAAGCUUUAAAGAAGGCCAUUAUGAUUAUAGUGAUAUAUAUAAAAGUGAGGGAUCAUUUCCAAAAGGAACAAAAUGCAAAAAGGUUGAUGCAUAAUAAUUAGAUCCAUUGUUUGAUGAUAGUCAAGUGAUAUAUUCUGGAUAUUUGAGCGUUUUUGAAAACAGUAAUUCAUCAUUGGGAUUUAUAUUUUAUGGGAGUUAGAAAGCUAAAUAAGAAAGCGAACUUGAAAAUUAUCCAACAUUAAUAUGGUUGAAUGGUGGACCAGGAUCAUCAUCUUAAUUAGGAAAUUUUAUGGAGUUAGGGCCAUUAUUAAUGUAAAAAAAUGGUAGUUUGACAAAGAAUAAAUAUGCAUGGAAUACAGAAUACAAUAUGAUUUUCGUAGAUUAGCCAAUUGGAACAGGAUUAGCAUAUGUUGAGAGAUAAUCAGAGGUACCAACAAAUUAAGAAUAAAUUGGAGAUUAAUUUUUAUAUGCAUUAAAAUAAUUCUUAUUUGAUGCAAAAGGAUGUGUGGAAUAGUAACAUGUAGGAGGGUUGAGUCGAUCACCUUGGUUUAUAUUUGGUGAAAGUUACGCCGGGAAGUAAAUAUUUAUAUGAUUUAGAUAUGUUCCAACGAUAGCAAAGGCAAUAUUGGAUUAUAAUUUGAAUGCAUAGAAACAGAUUCCGUUGAAAGGCAUAGGAAUAGGAGAUCCUUUUACAGAUCCAUAUUCCGUAAUAGCAGAAUAUGCAGCUUAUUCUUUUAAUUUAGGUUUGAUAGAUAUUCAAGAGAGAAUGAAAGUAGAUUCAAUAUUAGCAUAUGGAUUGGCAGAAUUGAAUAAAGGUAAUACUUUGGGAGCUAGAGAUGCUUUUGAAGAAUCUUUAGACAUAAUAAUUACACAAAGUGGAGGUAUGAAUGUUUAUAAUGUUCUAUAAUAUGGUAAUUAUGGAGAAACGGAGGAUAAGGUGGAGGAAUAUUUGAAUAACAUUAAGGUGGUGAAUGAAUUUGGAUUUAGUGAUGAUUGGAAAUACAAAAUUAGUAAUGAUGAUGAUGGUCCAGUAUAAAAAGCAUUAAAAUAUGACUUUAUGUUGAGAGAUGUUAUAGAGACAGUAGAGUAAGUGGUUUAGCAAAUUCCAUUUUUGAUAUAUAAUGGAUAGAAUGAUUUGAUUUGUUCAACUCCAGGAACUUUGAGAUGGGUUUAUGAUUUAAAAUACGAGAAGAUUUAGGAAUACAGAGAUAAGGAUUUUGAAGUAUUAAAAAUUAUAGGAACAAAUAAAAUAGUUGGAUAUUAGAAAUCAGCAGGAAAUUUGGAAUUAGUAUUAAUUAAUAAUGCUGGACAUCUAGUACCUACUGAUUAGCCAGAAGCUUCAUUAUAGAUGGUAACAACAUUUGUUGAUAAACAUAAAGGAAAAUGAGAUUUAUAUAAUAACAAUAUUGAUGGAGAU